AUGUCAGAGCGUCCGGCAGUUCUUUUCUUCGCAAUCAGCGACUUUGGCUACGUCAACGUCGUGUUAGCCACGACUUACGAGCUGCUCCGUCAGAAUCAAGUUGACGUCCACAUUGCAUCUUUUCCGCCUUUGCAACCACGGCUUGACAGUCUGAUUCAAAAGGUGAAGGAUGAGAACCCAUCACAGCCAAUCUCGCCCUUGAAGUUCCAUAACCUCGCGUCGUUCCCCGGGUUUGGAACCUGGGUAGCUCAGAAUAAAGAUAGAAAAAAGGCAGAUGUGCCUCACCCAGCCGGUCGCUAUGGAGCGAAACAAGUAGAGCUGUUGACGCUCAAGGCCCUGGCCAUCAUGGAGCCUGAGCAGUAUAUCUCGUUAUUCAACUGGUCUACCGACUUGACCAAGCAGUUGAAUCCUGCUUUGGUAGUUGUGGACCCUAUUCUUGUUCCUGUGCACGACAUGGCUCGGACUAUGAAGAAGAAAUAUGCCGUGCUGCAUCCUUGGAGUUUGGCUGAUGGUUUGAUUCCGCAACAACCUUGGUUCGCUGCAUAUUGGAAAUAUCCCGCAUUUUCGACGGGUUUCACAUAUCCUGUCCCUUGGAGUGAAAUCCCAGAAAACCUGUAUUGCUACUGGGUAUCCAAGAAAUGUCUCUCUCACCCAAAAGUCCAAGCCCUCAAUCAAGCAAGAAAGGCCCACGGCAUUCAAGGUGACUUGGGGAGCUUUACGCCAUGGGACAAAGAUGUACCACAGAUCUGUCCCACUCUCCCCGAAGCAGAUCUUCCUAUGAAUAUCCCCCCAAACGUUCUCAACGUUGGACCAAUCCUCGUUGCCGCGCCACCCAUUGAAUCAAGCGAUCCGGAGCUCUUGAGUUGGCUCCAAAAAAGGCCAACCGUCCUCGUAUCGCUUGGUACACACUUUGAAGCAUACGCAGAAACAGUGAGAGAACAAGCCGUUGCGUUGCGCAUUCUUCUUGAUGCACGACCUGAUGUCCAGGUGCUAUGGAAACUCAAAGCAGAAGCCGCAUCUGAGACCGUCGGCAAAGAGAGCUUGGAUACGAUUCUUGGAAAAGAGCUGAAAGAUGGAAGGGUAAGGAUCGAAAACUGGCUCAAGGCCGACCCGGUGGCGAUCCUAAGAAGCGGUCAUAUCGUGUGUGCUGUGCAUCACGGAGGAGCCAAUUCUUAUUUCGAGGCAACCUGGGCUGGUGUUCCGCAGAUUGUGCUCGCAAUGUGGUACGAUACAUUUGACUACGCGACGCGCGUUGAAUACCUAGGCAUCGGUGUCUAUGGAAACCGGGAAAAGGGCCGUACUCGCGUAGCCGAUCCGGAACAUUAUGUAGCUCCCAAUCUAAUCGACGGUGAAGAAUUUGGUGCGGCGCUUUUGAAGACUGUUGGGAAAAACAAAGGCGAUGCUGAUGCCAUGAGAGCAAGGGCUGCGAAGCUGGGGGAGGUGUGUCGGAAAAGCGGUGGCAGAGUUGAAGCUGCAAAGAUUAUUACCGAUUUUUGCUUUGAAGACUGA